AUGGAUGAUAGCGACUUCAAAGCAGCAAUGCCCAAAACACCAUUAAAUUUUUAUACCAGGUUGUACUGCAAAAAAAGAAAAUUAUUGGGUAAAGUGAAAGGACAUACAGUUUUAAUGGAGGCUACAAAAUCAUGGCUUUCCUUAACUAAAAGUGAAAAAGAAGUAUUUAUAACAAAAUAUAAUAGUGCUCUGACAGAAUAUAACAAAAAAGUUGGUGAAUAUUUAAAAAAUGCUGAACCAUAUUUGAAGAAAAGGGAUCCUAAACGAUUGAAAAAUGCAGAUGUUCUUCAAAGCAAUAUCAACACUCAAAAACUAGAAAUUAGUUUUAAUAAUGAAGGUGUUGAAAAUAUUUUAGGAGAAUCUUCACGAAUUGUUAAUUUUUCCAAUUCAUCAGUUAAUAAUAUGUCUGAAGAUAUUGAUAGAGAUAGACAGCAAUUAGUUAUCUCUACUAAUAAGCAUGAUAUAAAUAAUGUACCCAUUCGAGAGAAUGUUCCUGAACCUAUUCUGCCAAAAGUGAAAUCAGCCAAAGAUCUCUAUGAAAUUUUGACAAAGAAUGAAGAUAAUUGUGAUCCCUGGGAAUCUCUAGCCUCAAUUGAGAAAAGACGA